GUCCCGUUUUACGACGCGUCGCGUCGCUUGGCGGCGGCCAUGGCGGCGCGGUUCAGCGGGGUGCUGCAGCUCACGGACCUGGACGAUUUCAUCGCUCCCUCGCAGGAAUGCAUCAAGCCUGUAAAAGUGGACAAAAAGCCUGGAAAAGCAGCAGCCAAGAUCAGAAUUGAAGCUGAUGGAAGCUAUUUCCAGGUCAAUCAGGAUGGGGAAGCACAAAAGCUGGAAAAGGCCAAGAUCAGCCUGAAUGAUUGCCUGGCCUGCAGUGGCUGCAUCACCUCAGCUGAGAGUGUCCUGGUGAGCCAGCAGAGCCACGAGGAGCUCUGCAAGCUGCUGGCUCUCAACAAGGCUGCUGCUGCCCACGAGCAGAAACUGGUGGUGGUUUCUGUCUCCCCCCAGUCCAGAGCCUCCCUGGCUGCAAGGUGCAAGCUGGGGCUGCUGGAGACAGCACAGAAGCUGACCAUGUUCCUCAAGAGUUUAGGUGUGCACUACGUGUUUGACACAACUUUCUCCAGGAACUUCAGCCUCCUGGAGAGCCAGCAGGAGUUUGUGAGACGCUUCCACAAACAAGCAGAUGACAAAAAGGCUCUGCCCAUGCUGGCCUCUGCCUGCCCAGGUUGGAUCUGCUAUGCAGAGAAAACCCACGGCAGCUUCAUCAUUCCCCACAUCAGCACCACCAAAUCCCCCCAGCAGGUCAUGGGCUCCUUGGUCAAGGGCUACUUUGCAGAGCAGAAGCACCUGCCCCCUGACAGGAUCUACCAUGUCACAGUCAUGCCCUGCUAUGACAAAAAGCUGGAGGCCUCCAGGCCAGACUUUUUCAACCAGGAAUACCAGACCAGGGAUGUGGAUUGUGUCAUCACCACAGGAGAAGUGCUAAAGCUGCUGGAGCAAGAAGGAGUGUCCCUGGCAGAUGUAGAUCCUGCUCCCCUGGACACCUUGCUCGGCGGGGCUGCAGAGGAGCUCAGCACCCACCCCGGGGGGGGCUCGGGGGGGUUCCUGGAGCACAUCUUCAGACACUCAGCCCAGGAGCUCUUCGGGAUCCACGUGGACUCCAUCCACUACAAACCUCUCAAGAACAAGGACUUCCAGGAGGUGACUCUGGAGAGGGAUGGAGAGGUGCUGCUCCACUUUGCUCUGGCCUAUGGCUUCAGGAACAUCCAGAACCUGGUGCAGAAGCUGAAACGAGGGAAGUGCCCCUAUCACUACGUGGAGGUCAUGGCCUGUCCCUCAGGCUGUUUGAAUGGAGGAGGGCAGAUCAAACUGGAGGGGGAAUCCAGCAAGGAGGAGCUGCAGAAGGUGGAGAGGUUGUAUGAAUCGCUGAGGGCUGAGAUGCCAGGGGAGAACCAGGCUGUGAGGGAGCUCUACCAGCACUGGCUGGGGGGCUGGGGCUCAGAGAGGGCCCAGCAGGUGCUGCACACACAGUACCACGCUGUGGAGAGAGCAAACUCUGCCCUCAACAUCAAGUGGUGAGGGCUGGCCAGCCCAGGAGACCCUCAGUGCCUUGUGAGCUCUGAGCUCUGACCCUGCAAGGAUUCUGCAAUUCCUGCCUCUGGGAAUGUGCCUGCACUGCUCAUUCCUUCAGCUGAAGGAUGAGGUGAUGGGAAUGAACCCCAAAUUCUGACAGGAGACACAGCAAGAGAGGCAGAACUGCACCCCAGGCUGGUGGGACAGACCCUGCCCUGCUCCAACAGCCCCAUUCCUGCCAGAACUGAGGAAACAAGGAUUUGGAGCUCAGCUCCAGGCUGAGCUUUGUGCCACACCCCAAGAUUCCUCCCCCAGGCCUUGCUGGAUGGUCACAGCACUCAGUGCUGUGCCUGCCUCUGCUGGAGCAUCCUCAUUCCAUCAGGAAUGGUCUCACAAGGCCUGGAGUCCUCCCAUCUCCCUGCCCUGCAGGCUCUGUGCCCCUGGAGAGGGGGAUCCAAACCUGGCAUCAUCCCAGGGACUGCACUGAAUGCUGGGCAAAACCCUGUGAUUCCUUUUCCUUAAAUUAUAAAUCAUUUAUACCCAGGGUGAUGACUUCUCUCUCUUUGCUUCCUAAACACACAGCAGGGAGUCACAGAAUUGUCACACUUAGCCACCCCCAGCAGCCACUUACUGAGGGAUAAUAUCCCUAAAUCCAGACAAAAGAGGCACUUACUGAUGGCUAACAUCCCAAAAUUACCAUAAAAUAAUUCCUGACCUCAGGGCUGCAGGAACCAAAGCCUCCUCUGCACUUCAUUGCAAUGAAUCCACAGAGCAAAAUGUGAUUUUCAUGUUUUUAAUUAAAAGCUUUCCAUUUUUUCAGCUGCUGCUGAUCAUUAAUGACCUCACAGUGUUCUAAGGCAUCAACCUCCCCCUCCCGCCCCCUCCCCACCUUCCUGAGGAUCAAAUUGGUGCUUCCAGUGAAUUCCCUUUGCCAUGCAGGGAUUUGGCUAAACCAGGAAAUCUGAGCAGGGAGAGGCUCCAGCCUGGAAUCAGUGCAGAGCAGAGUCAGCCCAGAAAUGCACAAUCAAUGAAGCUAAAUUAGCUGGAAAGCAAAUUACCAGGGCUCUACACUUGGUCACUUCCCCAGUUCCCAGACACAGAGGUCACUGAAGCCACCCAGGCAUCCCUGCUCUGGCACCAGGAAUUUGUGCCAGCUGCUAUUUGUCCCAGCUUUGAGGUGUGGAGCAGGCUCAGGGCUGGUUCAAACCCACAUCCCUGCUCCCAGGAUAAAUAAAAUUCCAAAGGAACACAAAGGGGACACCCACAACUCCAGCAUUCCAUGGAAACUGAGGAAUUUAGGCCAUGGUACCAAGGGAGUGGCAGCUGGAGAAAUCCUUCCCCUUCAUGCAAGGAAGGAAAUCCAAAGUAUAACUUAAUAAAAGGUAAAAAGAAAACCUUAGUCCAGUUUGUAGCACAGGAAAAAGCCCCAAACCAGACUCCAGUGGCAACAAAGAAGUUCACAGUCCACAAAGGAAAAAUCCCUGAAAUUAAAUGUAUCUCAGUGCUGGGAGCUGCCAUCAAACCCUCAUUUUCUCCACAAGAAAAAAAAAAUUACUUCACUGGUGCACAGUGCUUCCCCACACCUGCAAAUAAAACUCUGCUCCCUUCUUAGACUUAAAAAUAAAUAAAACACAGCCCUGAUUUUGCAGAAAGUGAAGGCUGGGGAGGCCUGGGAGCCCCAGCUGCUCCCUGGCUCUUGAGGACAGACAAGGCAAUGUCCAUGGAUUUGGCACCAAGAGUUUUCCAGUUUUUAUCUUGGGAAAAGCAAAAAGCAAGAGAUGCCUGACAGCACUUUGUUCUAAAAUCUGUCUCACCUUGGGAAAUCCCUCCUGGGGCAGACCCUGGGCUCCACCUGGACACCCCUGGGUCACAAAUCUCUACACAAAUUCCUGUGGAAAAACUGGGAAAAAGUGGGGAAAACUCCACCCAAGCGCAGCUGUGAUGAGAGGUUUGUUAGCACAGGGCUGGAGCUGGGUGCCACCAGUGCCCUCCCAGUUUCCUGUGGGGAUCCAAGUGCCCAUCCCCAGCCUGAGAGGGGCCCAGGGUGGCUGGAGCAGGACAGCAGGGCCCCGAGGGCUCCCAAAGGCACCAUCACACAAGCCCUGGCACUGGUGGCUCCAUGGGGCACAGCACCACAAUCCCUGAGCAUCCCACUUCCCCCUGGCUCCUUUCCACAGCCACAGGGACAUCCAUGGACAUCCAUCCCAUGGGCAGCUCCUGCACUGACCCCAAAA